GUGCGGGCCCUGCUGCAGCGCAACCGCGCGGCGCUGGACGCGCUGGUUGAGGCCCUGCUGGAGCGCGAGCAGCUGCCCGGCGGCGCCGUGCGGGACAUUGUGGAGGAGCACGGCGACCCCGACGACCUGGCGGCGCGCCGCGCGGGCAUGGAGGCCGCCCUGCUGUGA